AUGGCGCCGGCGGAAGGGGCAGGAUACGGCCCGGUAGCGAUGGCAGCGUCGAGGCUGGAGCUUAACCUGGUGAGGCUGCUGUGCCGCUGCGAGGCAAUGGCAGCGGAGAAGCGGGACCCAGAUGAGUGGCGCCUGGAGAAGUAUGUGGGGGCCCUGGAGGACAUGCUUCAGGCCCUGAAAGCCCAAGCCAGCAAACCAGCCUCCGAGGUGAUCAAUGAAUAUUCCCGCAAGGUGGAUUUUCUGAAGGGGAUGCUGCAGGCAGAAAAGUUGACUUCCUCCUCAGAGAAGGCACUAGCCAACCAGUUCCUGACCCCUGGUCGCGUGCCGACCAUGGCCAGGGAGCGUGUGCCUGCCACCAAGACGGUACAUCUGCAGUCCCGGGCACGGUACACCAGCGAGAUGCGGAGUGAGCUGCUAGGCAUGGACUCUGCUGGAGAGCCCGAGCAGGACCUGAGGAAGCGAAGUGGGGUGGCGGGGCCCAGGCCUGUGGACGAGAAGCAGUCAGCAGCUGAGCUGGACCUUGUCCUGCAACGACACCAGAACCUCCAGGAGAAGCUGUCAGAGGAGAUGCUAGACCUGGCCCGGAGCCUCAAGACCAACACGCUGGCUGCCCAGAGCGUCAUCAAGAAGGACAACCAGACGCUGUCACACUCACUCAAGAUGGCUGACCAGAACCUGGAGAAGCUGAAGACAGAGUCGGAGCGGCUGGAGCAGCACGCACAGAAGUCGGUCAACUGGCUGCUCUGGGCCAUGCUCAUUAUCGUCUGCUUCAUCUUCAUCAGCAUGAUCCUCUUCAUCCGAAUCAUGCCCAAGCUCAAAUAAAGACUGGCUCCACCCUG